UCUAAGAAGCGUGGUGUAAUCUUUGUUUCAUGUAGACAAAGAGGAAGAACGUCACAAUGGCGCGCAGCAGUCCGUCGAGAAGAAGGUCCUUUCUAUACGACAACCGAUACCUCAUUGUCGUAACUGCACUUCCUGGAACCAUUUUCUCCUCACUUUUCAUCGUACUACUGUACAUAUCUACGAAUCGGCAGAGGAUCUCCGCUUUGCCGUUACGCAGAGAUGCCACCGAGGGAGCUUCCAUUCCAACCCACUACGACAUUCAGCUGCAGACAUCGCCCGAAUUGUUCCGUGGGCGAGUUAACAUCCAGCUUUUGGUCCAGGAAGGCACCAAGGACAUAAGUCUGCAUUCGCGAGGCCUCACGCUCUCCAACGUCCAGGUGAUAGCCCACGAAGGCGAGGUCAUCCUGCCCAAGGUCACUUUCAAUCAUACGCUGCACACAACUACGUUGCAACUUCAGCGACCUCUGAAAAAGUUCGGUACGUACAAUGUGACCAUGGAUUUCGAAGGCGUUUUCCAAAUUGAGCCAAAAGGAUUGUAUUUGGAUGCGACGGGAGAUUACCAUACCGUCAUCUCUUUCAUGGAGCCGAAGCACGCACGGCUUGUUUUUCCCUGUUUCGAUUACCCCGCUGUGCGGAGCACUUUUACCGUAACCAUCGUCAAGCCUAACUCCAGCUAUACAGCUAUCUCGAAUUCAAAAGUCCGCUCGGAGCUCAUCAGACCUGAUGGCACAGUACUCAGCGUAUUCAAAAAGACAUCACCCAUUCCAACUCAUCUGGUGGCUGUAGUAUUGACAAACUUACCGAUAAUGAAGAUAGACUUCAUGUCUGUGUGGAUGCGUCCGGACCUUCGAGGCCAGCUGGAGCACGUAUUUCUCUUUCUAAAGGCGUGCAUUCACAAGGCGAUUCAUAUUUUGGGCAGCAGCAUUCCUUUAUCACACCUAAAUAUUGUCGUUGUGGACGAAUAUCCCUGCGAAAGCCAUAUGAGUUGGGGUCUUCUUGCCUUGCGAAGUGACGUGUUUCUGCACUCACGCGGGUCCUGCAGCAUGUUGAGUGCACUUCUGCGAGUAACACAGGAGGUCUUGCGUGCCUGGUUUGGCGGUACGGUCUCAGCACAUUCCUGGGACAUGGCUUGGUUCAACGAUGGGCUCUCACUCCUGUACGCAUUCAAAGUUCUCGGAACUUUAAAGCCCGAAUGGCCCCUGCAUGCUUUGUUUGGCAUCUGUCUCCACGGACACAUGGCGGAGUACAACGCCACGGCUAUCCUACACCGAGAGCUCCUGUGGGAGACGACGUCGCAGUUGCAGCGACGAGCUUGCAUGGCAGCUGCACGCCUCGCAAUGAUCCGACGAGCUAUGGGACCGUCAAGCUUCCGCCAGGCUGUAGCCAUCUUUUUGAAGAAGUUCAAAUAUCGAACCGCAACAGAUGACGACUUCUGGAGUGCUCUUAACCCUAAAUUUGACUUGCUUGCGUGGUCUACGCUGCCUGGCUACCCAUAUGUCUCUGUGCGCCGUCUAAAUUCUACCCGAAUUCACCUGGAGCAGAAACCUUUUUUUGACAGUCCUCCUAGCGGUCGGUUGUGGGUCAUCCCUCUAACGGCCACGUACGCAAACAAGCACUUAGCACGAGACGAUCUCCUUAUCUGGAUGACAGAGAAGACCAUCGAAGUGGACAUCCCCGGUGCAACUAGCGGUGACUGGAUUCUCAUCAACAUCGGACACGAAGGCGUUUAUCGGGUUGAUUACGAAGACACGAACUGGGAGCUGCUUUCUCGACAGCUAAAACGGAACCUUCACGAGAUUGGUGCUCAGAACAGAGCGCAGAUUCUGGACGACUUGUUUUUUCUGGCAUUCCAAGGUUACAGGUCCAUGGAACAAUUUUAUGCCAUCCUUCCGUAUUUGCAACAUGAGGACGACGUACUGCCAUGGGUGGUGUACACGUUCCUCGUGGAGAAGUUUGAAGCUGUACGCGGAUCUUUGCCUGCUCGAUGGAAGGACCUUGACCGCUUCCUGUGUUCAGCUGCCCCGUCCAAAUUCAGUGGAGAUGCAGGAUCGACUUCACCGGAAUCAGCUUUCAAGACCCACAUAUUGAGACACUGUUGCGCUCAAGGAUGUCGGUCCACUGGACAUGAUGCGAGCAAGUGCACAACGAUGAUUGGGUAUCCGCAGCACGCUCGACACGCCACCUCUUGAGCACUGGUUUACGAAUAGUUUGGCAAUCGUUUCUAUUACUCUGUUUUAUUGUUCCGCCUUACAACAUAGUUGCACUUUCAUCCUAUAGGACAAAAUAAGUGUUAUACUUGCAAUAAAGCAGAUUUG